AUGGUCGACAUCAACGAUGACUCUCGGACCAUCACACAUGACGAUUGGAUGAAGCUCUCUUUUAAUAGCGUGGUGUUUCAGCGUUUCCACGGCUACAAUACCAUCGAGACUCUUGGCUGGUUCCACGGGCACAGCCUAUUUUAUAAGGUCGCCUGCACGGAAGAAUUACUUUAUGCGUUUGAAUACGAAAAGUGCGCCCUCGACGUCCUCCAGAACACUGGGGUCACCCCACGUGUUUUGGGAUUCUGUACGGCACCACCUGUCUUGAUCAUGACGGCAGUGGGUGACCUGAGCUUGCUGGAGUACCUCGAGGUGUGUGCCACUUGGGAAGUUAUGCCCGCACUUCAAGCCACAGCGGAGGCACUCGACAAAAUCCAUAAUACGGGCAUUGUCCACGGAAAUUUCACAUUUGACAAUGUGAUGAUCGAUAUCGUACAAAAUGUAUAUUACAUCGUGGACUUCUCCGCGUCAUCAUUCGAAGGCUGGGAGCGCCCUGAAAACCCAGACGAGCCGCACUUCGCAGAGGAAACGCUGUGCGAAAAUUAUAUAGCGCAUUCAUCGCAAGAUGUCUUCUCGUUUGGGAAACACGUACAGACCCUCUGCCAAGUGAGAGACCUCCCGCAGGAAGUAGAGCAGGCGUCACUAUGCCUCAUGGAUGACGACCCGCAAUACCGGCCCUCAAUGGCACAGAUGGCAGAGAAAUUGUUUGAAAUACAAAAUAUCUAUUUCGAGUCUUCGUUUGAAAAAACGAUUCCAAUGUAUAAUGAUAAGGCUUUCAUAACCGAAAUGUCGCGGGGAGACGAACUGCUGCGCUCACAGCAGGGGUGAGCUCAAGAUGGGAGGGGGUGUCAUCACCCCCCCAAUCCACCCCCAAUUCUCCUGAAUGACCAGGAGCACAGUGACCCCUCAGCCCCUUGACCCCCUAAACCUCCCACCCUUGACCUCGUAUGGAGUGAGAGAGGAGGCAUAGUAGUGGAGGUGGCUGCAGACUCCUCCACUGCCUGCUUCCCUCUCUCAUUCUGUACGGGGCCAGACAAAUGUGAGGAAGGGUACCGCGGAAAGUGUGCCUUCACCCGUCUACCGCGGGUGGAGGCACACCGCCCCACAACACCACCGAUCACCACCCGUCAUCACCACCACCCGUCAUCACCACCACCCGUCAUCACCACCACCCGUCAUCACCACCACCCGUCAUCACCACCACCCGUCAUCAAGACCUCCGCAGAGAAGAGGAGUACCUGUCGGGGGUGUAAGACUCAACGGAGAAAUCAAUCCUUCAGGCACCCGGGGAGACCUUUGUGAUGGAACACCCAUUGAGAUCAUUCCCGUAUACACGACUCUUUUUUUA